UUGCGGAGCGCAGUUGUUCCCCAUCCAGUCCUGUGACGGUGUUUGCAAAUACACAGAGCGAGAGAAGAAGAGGAAGACGAAGAGGAGGGGGGGACUGACGGACGCGGACUGAAGGCUCCUCGUCUUCUGCUACUGCUGCUGCUGCUCGAACACAGUCGCCUGGUUUCCCUCGCAUCGCAGGAGGAUCGCGCUUGUUCUUCUUCCACUGAGGAGGUUUAAAACUGACAUAUUCACAUACAUUAUAUCAGAAUAUCUCAAGUGCAGCUCUUAAACGGGAACAUGGAUGUUCUACCGAUGUGCAGCAUCUUUCAAGAACUUCAGAUAGUUCACGACACGGGCUAUUUCUCAGCUUUACCGUCACUGGAGGAGUACUGGCAGCAGACAUGUUUGGAGUUGGAGCGCUACCUGCAGAGCGAGCCUUACGUCUCCACCACCGACCUCAAGUUCGACAGCCAGGAGGACCUCUGGAGCAAGCUGAUCUUGGCCUGCGGGGACAAGGCCAAGGCCGAGUCCGACCCAAAGUUGCCCACAGCCCACGAUGAGGACAAUCAGGAUAGCCAAAUCUUGGAUACCAACAGUGUGAAUUCAGACGCCAGCAGCGAGGCCUCCGACAGUUCUGAGGAGCUCUCGCCCACACACAGCUUUACCUCCAACCCCCUGGGCUCUGUCUUGGUUGGCUCUGGACCUUUUAGCCCCUCCGUCAUUAGCACUCCCCCAUCCUCGCCGGAAGCCAACUCUGAACCCGGCGCCGUCACGAACGGCUGGGCCGCCACACACGGCGAGUUGCACUUGCCGGUCAAAAUCAGGAGCGGCGGCGUGGCUAAGACUGCGGACAAGACGGGACUCACCUGCGGGGACGCGUCCCCGGACGGCAGGAGGCGCGUACACAGGUGUCACUUCAACGGUUGUCGCAAGGUUUACACGAAGAGCUCCCACCUCAAAGCACACCAGCGCACUCAUACAGGUGAGAAACCAUACAGGUGUUCAUGGGAGGGCUGCGAGUGGCGUUUUGCACGAAGCGACGAGUUGACCAGACACUUCAGGAAGCACACUGGGGCAAAGCCAUUUAAAUGCAGUCACUGUGACAGAUGUUUCUCCAGGUCUGACCAUCUGGCUCUUCACAUGAAGAGGCACAUCUAGGAGCAGGGGCGAGCACCAACCGAGCAAUGCAGCGAAGGGUGAACGUGUUCUUUUUUUUUUCCUUUUGGUUUUUUUUUCUUUUCUUUUAAAGAAGAAAAAAAAACAAACGCCGUCUCCCGACGUGUCUCUUGGUUGAACUGUCCCAGAGCAGAGUAGCGGGAGUGUGUUCCAGCCAAAGCAUGCCGUUUUGCACCAUACUGAAACCCAGUGCCUCCGGGACCUCUCUUUGGAGAAAGGCGCUCUGAAGGUUGUCUGUUGCAACAAGAGGACAAAAUCAUAGAUGGGGAAGAAUUAGAUUCCAUUUUAGAAGGACUUAAACUCACACAAAAAAAGACACAAAAAAAAAAAAAAAGACACGCAAAUGGAGUGAAUGAUUUGUAUGUAUGGUGCAUGAUGUUUUGGGGACAUCUCCCGGACAGCAGAUACACUGGUACUUUAAAUACCUGUCUGAGGUAAAGCAUGUGUGCACUGUGAAUGUCUGAGUUUGGACGCCGAGCCGCCGCCGCCGCCACCGCCACCGCUGUGGAGAAGCAGGAGGAGAGGUGGAUUGAUGGAUUGGUGGAUCGGUGGAUGGAGGAAGCGGGGCUGGUACCAAUGUUGCUGUGGACUGAAUGGGUUUCUGCGGGAAACUUUUCCACUCCGUGUUUCCCUGGUGGCAGAGUGGAGGACGAGGCAGUGAGGAAGUUCCUGCCUCUCUGUCUGGCACCCAGACUUAAGGGAGAGAGGGGGGGUGUCUCCAGUUCUUUGGAUUUGGAGGCCUUGGUUUUUGACCAGAGAGACAGAGAGGGAGUGGACGUGUCACCUUCUGGUCAGUGACCCAGGACCAAAAACUCCCCCCACCGUCCUCCUCCAUGGCACUGUAUGACAGGAGCUUUUUUUUUUUAUUUUAUUUUAUUUUCGGUGUUUUUGGUGCAGCUACUAAAUGUGCAAUGUGUUAUGUAGCCUGGUUUCUUUUUUUUUUUCUUCUUUUUUUUUUUUACAAGCUACAAAGCUCAUUUGUAGUCGAAUUGUAUAAGCUGUGUGCUUAGAGGUAUAACACAACUAUACUAUAACUUCAGUAUCAUAGACAGGUGUUGCAUGGUUCUAGGGUUUGUUCACUUCCUGUUUCCACUGUAAUCAGGACUGCAAAUAGUUUCAAUAAAAGUGCAGCUAAAAAUGCGAAAAACGGUUAAAUGUUACAAUAUUGUACAUAAAGCCUUGAUGAUUUCCUCUCAUUUUUAAUGACAUCAUCCUCUUCCUCCUCUCGGGUUCGUCAUCUGUCCCGGAGAUGUCACCACUUGCUUGCUCAUUUCCUCAUUCAUCCUAAGCCUUGAGGACUAAUUUUGAUUUUUUGUACUUUCUUUUCUAUCUAAUAAUGCACUGUUGACCUUAAUGGUGCCUUAUGCAAGUGACUUGACCCCGUGGUGGCGCUUGUUUUUUUUGCUCCCCUCGGGAAGUCACAUUUAUUGUAUGGGUGAUUUGACAAGCUUGAUUAAGGCUCAAUUACACAUUAACUCACACCCCUUUUGUGCCGUAAUGGAAGCUGCCACCGUCUAUUGCGGUGGUUAAUUGUGUUGUUAAAUUGUAAAUGUCCGAAAAAAAGAACACCCCCCCCCCCCCUUUUCCCCCAUUCACUUGCUUUUUUUGAAUCAGAAAAGCAGUUUCGGUUGAUGUAUAUCACAAUAAUGUAAAAAAAGAAAAGACAAAUGCUGUAUGUGUAGAGCACUUAAAUUCAUUUAUUAAAGCUGUUAACUACUGUGUAGUAUGUACUCACGUCCAUCACACUCAGUUCCAAGGUACAGAACAACCAGACUUGGUUACCUAACAGUUUUCUUUCCUCUCCCAGUUCAUCCAGUGCUGCUCCUUAAAUCUGUAUCCCUCCACGCGAACACGCCAUCCUCUCCCGUCCCCGCUCCGUCCCUGCGAGUGGGACCGAAGAAAAAGCUAAAGAUUUAUUGUAAUUAACAGGCUGCAGUCAGACAGGCCUCGCCUUGUUCUGCCUCACAGUAAUGAAUUGCUAAAGGCUUUGUUGGCAUGGAAUCUGUCACAGACUGCUGACUGUGUAGGUUGGUUAUUGACCUGUCUGGGGAGCGUUGUUUUAGCCAAGCUGCAACAGUAUUAUGAAAACCACAGGAGCGGGGGGAGGGGAGGGGGGGUAGAGAUCAAGCAUCAAACGUUGCACGUGGAAAUUUGACGAAAUAAAAACACACAUGAUGGUGAUUUGUUGUUGUUUUCACUGGACGUGGAUGGAUACAGGAUUUAAGGUGGAGACAAAAAUGAGUGUUGGGAUCCUACUUUUAUUACUGCUUCUGAAUACAGUGAUGCGUGCCACCUAUACCCCCCCCCCCCCGGUCAGCGCCCUCGCUGUAGGAAAUCCGAUGUUGCGGCAAGUUGCACAGUGGCACGCUUCAACAUAUGGAUUUCAGAUCAGCGGGUGAAAGAGACACGAUGGGUGCAAACUUGAAACUGCUUGCCGCGAUAGAUCGGGGAGUGUGCUGGCAUUGCCUUCUGUGGGCAAAGAGAAGGAACAUCCAUUCUGUGAAAACAGCAGCCAAUACUGUUCCAAGUGGUAAUUGAGCCUUGAUUUAGCCCCAUGUUAGCUCGCAUCUAUUACACUUUCCAUCAUCCUUUUUCAUCCCACUGCCCCAUCUCUUCUGUCACACACACACACACACAUACACACGCACACACACGGCUCUUUGUUCUCAACUGAAUCUUUGUAUAAAAAGAAAAAAAAAAUACAACUUUUGUAAAAUUGUUAUGUUUUUGCUUUAUGAAAUUUUUAUUUGAAAUUGUUUUGCAAAAUUGUUAUAUUUCUGUAUGAAUGUAUUUUUUAUUGGAAUAAUAAGAAAUUCUUAUCUGA